AUGACAGCCUGCCUCACUAACCUCCUGGUAAAGUGGCUGCCCCACUCAGGAGGGGAGGCCCUGCCAGCGCCCGGGGCCAUCGUCGGCGUCUGUGAGGACAUGUGCCCCGCGGCAGAGCGUGAAAGGCGGGAGCACCUGCACGACAUCCAGAUCUUUGAGAGGGUGGACAUCAAUGACAGCGGGCGGACCAGUGCAGAGCUGGCUGUGAGGCGAUUUGCACGAACGAUCGAUGACCCGCAACCCACAGACUUUCGGACCCGAGCAGCCCUCCUGAGGACCAUGCUGUACCUGAGGUCCCUCCUGGACAGACAGGAUGUCAGGUUUGGGCUGGUGCACAAAUUCCUGUGGGACAGAUACCGGGCUGUUCGACAGGACCUGUACGUUCAGGGCAUCACGGCCCUGAUAUCCUUGAGUGACAUGUAUGAGACGCAGGCAGAGAAGGGGCAGCCAGUGCAGUCUGAGCCGGAGUUCAGGGCUUACCACCUGCUCUCUCUCAUGGCUCAGCACGGCAAGUUCAAGGGGGACCAGCAGGCCUUCCUCGCCACCUUGCAAGCGCUGCGAGCGGAAGUGAAGACAUCACCUCCCAUCCUCUGGGUCCUGCAACUACAGAGAGCCUACGCCUGCGACAACUACGUCGCAUUCUUCUCUCUGGUGGACCGGGCGCCAUACCUCAUGGCCUGCCUGGCACAUGUCUACUUUCCUCAGAUUCGUGCUCGGGCGCUGAGAGCACUGGCAGACUCCUUCAACCCCUCCUCCUCCACGACGGCUGCCGCCAGCCUGGACUGGCUCAAGGAUCUAUUCUACAUGGACACAGCCGAUGAGGCGGCAAAGACUGUGGUUCGGCAUGGGUUUGCAAUCGGCACUGCGGGCGCUGGCGUGCAGUGCGCCCUCCUCGUCAAGGCGAAGGAGGCCGCCGAGGCCGCACGGCACAAGGCGGCCCUGCGUGCCGAGGAGGGCCGGCGGCAGGAGGAGGAGCAGCGGCGGCGGGCGGAGGAAGCGAGGGUCACACAAGAGGCUGCCAGACAGCUGGCGGCUCGCCAGAGGGAGGAAGCGCUGCUGCGGGCCGCCGCAGAGGAGAGGCAGCGAAUGGAAGCGGAGCGUGCAGCCGUUGCCGCGGCCCAGGAGGCGGAGCUGCGGGCUGCCGCGGCUGCUGCCAAAGAGAGGCAAAGGGUGGAGGAGCUGCAGCGCCGACGCAGGGCAGAGAGGGAGCGCCAGGAGCGGCGUGCAUCCAAGUGUGCGGCCGCCGUGCAGAAGCUGCACUUUGCUCGAUGGCGGGCCUUUGUUCGAGAGGAGGCCGCCCGGCGUGCAGCACGCAAGGCCUGCAGCGUCGGCAUUGUGAGGCGCACCCUCAACACGCUGCCGGGCCUGCUGCACUGGGGCAGGUCCCAGGCUGGGGCUCCUGAGCCUGCGGCGGUCGCCGAGGAUUUUCCGGCCAUCAUCCGCAGGGCCCUUGUUGGCAGCACGGCUGGGAGGCUGGUUCGGCCAUCCACUCUGGCCCCCGAGCCGACCGUCAUUCCCUGGAAGCUCGCUGUCCUGGAGGCGGAGGAUGCGCCGCCGGCAGCCUCCCGAUGGCUGCGGCGGGCUCUGGCGGGCGACGCCGCAGCGCUGGAUCCGGGCAGCGCACCCUGCGAGGCCUACGUGUAUGGGCCGGGGCGCGGGCCGACGCCCGACCUGGCGCGCGCCGUACGCGCCCUGGCCGACCUCCCCCCCUGCGCGGACCUCCCACUCCUGGUUUUGGGUGCUGAGAGCGGGCCGGCAGAGGAGUGGACCGCGGCUUGGACGGGCCGGCCUGUCGGGUACGCGGACGUGCUGGCCGGCUGGACCGGCGCGGCGCCCGACGGCCCUGGCGGUGCGGCUGCGGGCCUGAGCGUGCAGCCGCCCGCGCCGGCAGGAUCAAACGCCUCGGCGCUGGCACGGGGACUGGCGUGGGCGGUGGCGAGCGCGCCGCCCGCGCCCCGCCUCGCCGCCGUGCCGCUGACGACCCUGCUCUCCAGGACCCUGGCCAUGCUCACCCCGGGCGUGCCCGCCCAGCAGGCACUGGAGCCGGGCCUCGCCCUCCGACUGUUUGACGCGGUGCUGACGCGCGCGGCGGGACUGGUGGGGUCGGCCCGCGACUCCAGCGCCUUCCGCCGACGCUGGCCGCCGGCGGAGGUCGGGACGGGGACACCCCUGGACGGCUGGCACACCGAGCAGGCCCAGACCAGGAUCCUGGCUACCCUGGCGGCCCUGAGGCUGCGGCGGGGCGCCCUGCUCCACCGCCCAGGCGAGGGGCCGUGCCGGGGGCGCGGCGGAGGCUGUCCCACCCUGGUCACGCUGCACAUGCUGCUGAGCGCUGAGGGCGCAGACUGCAGCGAGGUGAUGGUCGUCGCCCCGUCCUCAGAGCUGAACCGCCUGUCCGGGCAGGCCAUGGAGGCCGCCCCGCCCUGCCGCCCACGCCACGUCGACGCGUGGCAGCCGCCCCUCACCCCGCCGCCUCUUCGGGCUCUGGGAUCGACGAGCCGGAAACGCAAGCUGUCGCCGCAGGAGACCAUCAAGCAGGAGAGUCUGGUGGACAAGGUGCAAGCGCUCCAGCUGGACAUCCGUGCAGAGAAGCAGAGUUUUGAGGCCUUGAGCAUCCAGUCAAGCGGCAGUGGUUUGGAUGUCUUUGAGCUUGCCAGAGAGGCGGCAGCUGAAGUCAGGGCAUGGAUGGAGCGGUGA